AUGAUGACACGAAUUCAGCGAGUAUUUUUCAAAAGAUGUUGUGCCUCAAUUGCAACCAAAGUCAGUCGAGCAAGUGAGGAAUAUGUUCCACCGUAUGAAAAACCGUCAACCAAUGAUAUUGCAAAAUUGGAAGAAUUUUUGUCACGUUCGAAACGAUUGUUUAUUAUUACCGGUGCUGGCAUAUCAACGGAGUCAGGCAUACCGGACUAUAGAUCGGAAGGUGUAGGACUCUACGCUCGAACCACCAAUCGACCAAUGAUGUAUCAAGAAUUUCUGACGAAUCCCAAACGAUAUCGAAUGUAUUGGGCGAGAAAUUAUAUCGGCUGGCCGACAUUUUCAGCAUUUCAACCGAAUGAAACCCAUCGAACAUUUGCAAAAUGGGAAACACAGGGUAAAGUGUUUUGGCAUGUUACACAGAAUGUCGAUAGCUUAUUAACCAAAGCUGGUUGCGAAUUGUUAAGUGAAUUACACGGUUGCAGUGCUCGAGUUGCUUGUGUCGAUUGUGGCUAUAAAGGUAUGACACGACAAGAAUUACAAGAACUCAUAGCACGAGAAAAUCCCGUUUGGACCGCUCAAUCCAAUACGAUCAAUCCAGAUGCUGAUGUGUAUCUAACGGAAGAACAACUAGGAGAUUUUCGACCGCCUCGGUGUCCUCAAUGUUCUGGUCGGAUUAAACCAGAUGUAACUUUCUUCGGCGAUAAUGUUGAUCGUCGUUUGGUGGAUUUUAUCAAAGGACAAUUGACGCAAAGUGAUUCUGUACUGGUCGCUGGUUCGUCCUUAGAAGUUAUGUCAUCGUAUCGUUUUGUUCUUGUCGCUCAACAACUUCAACUACCUAUUGCGAUCGUUAACAUCGGUCGAACACGUGGAGAUGAAGCAGCUCAUCUGAAAAUUUCCACACGUUGCGGUUCGAUAUUACCUCACAUACGAAUAAAUGAACUACCCAAACAAUAA